AAAAAACACCCCAAAUCAGUCAAACAACACCGACAAUCGAAAGAGAAUAGAUCUCAACCGUACGAUCAACAUCGCCGUCUCAGAAGUGACCUUUCCUCAUUCUUGAUGGACGGUGCAGAUUGGGCACUAGUUUCCAGAACCCGUGUACAAUGUCUUUCCUAGUGCUCGAUUCCGCGUCUCUCUCUCUCUCUCUCUCUCAUACCGUCGUCGUAUUCUCGAACUCCCUUCGCUGUCACCGGAUUUUCUUAAGGAAGAGGUGCUUAAAUUUUCAAGAGGAAGCUCUUAGUAUAUUUUCUCUCUAUGUAUCAUCGCUGAAGGUUUGAAAUCUGAAAAUCUAGAAACCUCAGCGAUCUUGUCUCCUAAAGACAUACAAAUAUAGUUUUUGUCUCCAACUUCCAUUUUCUUCGUAUCAGAUCAUUUAUCAAUGGAUCUAGCUUCAGAAGAGCUCCAAUUUAUGACAAUACCCGACAUCGUCCGGGAAGCAAUCUCAAUCCCCAAACAGUCUCCAAAGACCUUCUACCUAAUUACCCUUACACUACUCUUCCCUCUCUCUUUUGCCAUCUUGGCCCACUCCCUCUUCACCCACCCACUCCUAGCCCAGCUUCAGAAUCCAUAUGCGGACCCGACACAGGCUGGUCAUAGAUGGACUGUUCUCCUUGUCUUCCAAUUCUGCUACCUCAUAUUCCUCUUCGCAUUCUCUCUUCUCUCCACUGCUGCUGUUGUCUUCACUGUGGCCUCUCUCUACACAUCCAAGUCCGUCUCCUUCUCGUCCACUUUUUCAGCCAUCCCUAAGGUCCUCAAGCGCCUCUUUAUCACCUUCCUGUGGGUCACCCUCUUGAUGGUCGUUUACAACUUUGUCUUUGUUGGUUUUUUGGUUCUCUUGAUUGCAGCCAUUGAUAUCCAGAAUGCAUUUUUGGUUGUUUUUUCAUUAUUGGCUAUCUUCUUGCUCUUCUUGGUCGUCCAUGUCUUUAUCACUGCAUUGUGGCACCUGGCCAGUGUGGUUUCAGUUCUGGAGCCGAUUUACGGCUUUGCGGCAAUGAAGAAGAGCUAUGAACUGCUGAAGGGGAAGACUCGGGUUGCAGCAGUGCUUGUUUUCGUCUACUUGGCUACUUGCAUGGUCAUUGGAGGAAUAUUUGGGGCGAUUGUGGUGCAUGGAGGAGAUAAAUAUGGUGUCUUUAUGCGGAUUGUGGUUGGUGGGUUCUUGGUGGGCGUUCUGGUGAUUGUGAAUUUGGUGGGCUUACUGGUGCAGAGUGUGUUUUACUAUGUUUGCAAGAGCUACCAUCAUCAAGGGAUUGAUAAGACCGCUUUGUAUGAUCACCUUGGUGGGUACCUUGGAGAAUACGUGCCUCUGAAAAGCAGCAUUCAGAUGGAAAACUUGGAUGCUUGAUCAAGAGUGAUGUGUGCAUUCAUGUCCAGGUUUGUUUCAAUCAAAUAGUGUAAAAACAAGUAGAAAAAAAAAAAAAAAAGAGGAAGAAAAGAACAUCUUAAUGUUUAUGUGCUGUUCUCUUAGGUAGAAAUCUGAUUGUAUGUUCUUUUUUGUCCAAAAAAGAAA